CUGUAAAGAGACAAGAUUUUAAAAUAUGCGAGCAAAGCUCUUUUUGUAAACGUAAUCGAGCUUAUGCCGAUAGGUUAACUGCGAAUCAUUCGCUUGUAUCUCCUUAUUCUGUAAUUCAAGGUUCUAUCAUAAUCAAAGAUGGUAUAAUUUCUGGUGAUCUUAUCAAUUCUGAAAAUAAUAUACUUUUCAUUUUUGAAUUGUAUUUACUGGAUAUUGGUGCUGCAAGAGUUCGAAUUAAUGAAAAAAAGCCAUUAAAACCUCGUUAUGAUAAAGUGAAAGAUUGGGCCCUUGUUCAAGAUCCAUUGAUUACUUUAGAAUAUACUUUAAUCCCUUCUACUAAACCUGGGGUUACUUCUUUAUCUUUCGGCAAAGAAAGAAAACAAAUGGUUUCAAUUUAUCAUUCUCCGUUUCGUGUCGAAUUUUUGGUUAAUGAUAUGCCAAUUAUCACAUUAAAUGAUCGUGGUUUCCUCAAUUUCGAGCAUUUAAGAAAAAAAGAAGUUCCUGGUUUAGUUGAUCAAAGUAACAGUGAAAAUAAUAAGGUCAUAGAAGAAAAUGAUAUUGAUAAAGAUCUCUGGAAAGAAUCUUUUAAUGGAAAAGAGGAUCCAAAACCAAAUGGUCCUGAAUCUAUUGGACUUGAUAUUUCGUUUCCGGGAUUCGGUCAUGUAUAUGGCAUUCCUGAACACGCAUCAACAUUUUCAUUAAAAGAAACCAGAGGGGGUGACGGUGCCUACACUGAUCCUUAUCGUUUAUAUAACUUGGAUGUGUUUGAAUAUGAGAUAGAUAAUCCAAUGGCACUUUACGGUUCCAUUCCGUUUAUGAUGGCCCAUCGAAAGGGUGCAUCAGCUGCUAUUCUUUGGUUAAAUGCGGCUGAAACAUGGAUUGAUGUAACUAAGAAUAAAGAGGAUAAACAUAGACUAUCCAGUCUACUUGGUUUUGGUAAAUUAACACCCACUUCAACCAAUACUCAUUGGUUUUCGGAAUCUGGUAUUAUCGAUGUAUUCGCUUUUCUUGGUCCAACAGCCUCCGACAUCUUCCGUCAAUAUGACUUACUUACUGGAUUCACUGCGUUACCUCAAUCUUUUGCGAUUGCUUAUCAUCAGUGUCGUUGGAAUUACCUCAACCAAGAUGAUGUUGCCGAAGUAGAUGAAGGGUUUGACAAACAUGAUAUUCCUUAUGAUGUAAUAUGGUUAGAUAUUGAGCAUACCGAUGGCAAAAAAUAUUUUACCUGGGACAAUGUUAAAUUUUCUUCUCCUGAAAAAAUGCAAAAUACUAUUGGAAUAAAAGGGCGGAAGAUGGUGACGAUCGUUGAUCCACAUAUAAAAAUAGAUAACGACUAUUAUGUUCAUAAAGAAGCUGGAGAUUUAGACCUCUUUAUCAAAGAAUCUGACGGCAGAGUAUUCAAUGGAUGGUGUUGGCCAGGUAGUUCGUCUUGGCCAGAUUUCACUAAUCCCUCUGCUCAAGAAUGGUGGAUCAAAAAGUUUGCAUUUGAUCAAUAUAAAGGAUCAACUGAAUUUUUAUUUAUAUGGAAUGAUAUGAAUGAACCAUCUGUAUUUAGUGGUCCGGAAAUAACAAUGCCAAAAGAUCUCAUUCAUUAUGGUGGUUGGGAACAUCGCAACCUGCACAAUCUUUACGGACUUACCUAUCAUAGUGCAACUGCUAAAGGACUCAUCAACCGCAGUAACCCACCACGCCGACCUUUUGUACUAUCCCGUGCAUUUUUUGUUGGGUCUCAGCGUUAUGGUGCUAUUUGGACAGGCGACAAUUUUGCAAAAUGGGACCAUUUGGCUAUAUCAACUCCUAUGUUAUUAACUAUUGGUAUUUCUGGAUUGCCAUUUUCUGGAGCUGAUGUUGGUGGAUUUUUUGGUAACCCUGAGCCUGAACUCUUAGUUAGAUGGUACCAAGCAGGGGCUUUUCAACCUUUCUUCCGUGGACAUGCUCACAUAGAUACAAAAAGACGUGAACCGUGGCUAUUUGGCGAUCCAUACACAGGUUAUAUUCGUGAUAUAAUACGAGAAAGAUAUGCAUUAUUGCCCUUAUGGUAUACUCUAUUCCACGAAGCUAGUACCACAGGGAUGCCAAUAAUAAGACCUAUAUUUACUGUUUAUCCUGAAGAAGAAGAAACUUAUGCAAUGGACGAUCAAUUCUUUGUCGGUAACUCCUUGCUUGUCAAACCUAUUGUAAAUCAAGGUCAAACAUCUACUGAAGUCUAUUUUCCAGGAAAUGAGAUAUAUUAUGAUUAUUUUACUCUUAAAAAAAUUCAUGGAACUGGUAAAGUACAAAUUGAAGCCCCAUUAAACAAGAUUCCUGUCUUUUUACGUGGUGGAUCUAUUGUUCCAAAGCGCCAAAGAAUUCGACGUUCUUCGGCAGCCAUGCGUACAGAUCCUUUUACUUUAUUGAUAGCAUUAGACAAAAAUGGUAAAGCAACUGGCUCUCUGUAUUUAGAUGAUGGCGAAACAUAUGAUUACGAAAAAGGACAUUUCGUUCACCUUCAAUUUAACUUUGAAGCUAGAAUACUUACUUCCGAAUCAUUAUCAUUACUUAAGAAUGAUAAAAAUUUAUAUGCAAAAUCAAUUAAUUCCGUUCGUGUUGAACGAAUAAUAGUAUUAGGACUUGAUGUAAAACCUACGAAUAUUUUUGCAAAUUUCAUCGAAGGCACAAAAUUUUCUAAACGGGAAUUACAAUUUGGCUUUGCUGCUACAACUUCAGCUGAUGUAAUUAUUAUAAAAGGCACAGAUUUGUUGAUCACCGAAGAAUGGAGU